GGCAGAGCUAGCUAGCCGUUUCAACCUGCUUCACUCUUUCACUACGUUCUGCAGAACCCACCUCUAAGCUUUGGAUUUGUACCGGUUUGAAUCGUUUUGGCCUCGUGAAGUUUGUUGUGCAAUCUUCAAUGCUAGUGAACUCUGCACAUGAUGCUCUUUGAAGAUAUCUCUUUGGACAUAGUGGAUGCUCUAGUGUGCAUGCAUACUCUUUCAUAACAUCCAUUAGAAAUUCAUAUACAUGGUCAAGGAAGUUUUUUGUGUAGUUGUUUUGUCAAGGGAGGUAUGCAAUCCUUAUGUGACACCUUCUGGGUGUUCAGACCUGAAGUUUCUCUUUCAUUGCAUCUAGCUAGUAAAAAGAGCAGAAAGAUAUUGCUGAGGAAAUCAUUGACUAGAUCUUGUAGCAGAAGCCCUUCACCUCAUAUUUUUGGGUCGUGGAUUGUGGAGACAUGGUUCCCUGGACAACCUUUGAUUUCUGCUCGAGCUAGAGAUGAAGGAAAAAAUUUGGAAAAUACUGGAAGUGACUUUUUGGUCUCAAAACAAUUAUUGGGUGAUCUGGAUUUUGAGGAGGACUUUGGUUCUGAAGAUAUAACCUGUGCAACUGAGAAGGGCACAGGUCUUUAUGGACCAUUCAGCAGAAUUUACCAGCCUGUAGAGGAACCCUGGCUACUUGAAUCUUCUGACUUUGAUCAUUUUGUUAGAGAAACAGAUUCUUCAAGUGGUUUAACAGGUGAAGGCAAUAUCUCGGAUGACCUUAUUGUUGAUGCUACAGAUUCCAACUCUUUGAGUCAAUCUAUACAUAGCCUAGAGAAUAAAGCGAGUUCUCUAAAUAAUAAGAGUCUAAAACGACUUAUCACUGAAAGAGAGUACCCUGUUGAGGAGCCUUGGUUAUCUAUUGAGGUUUCCAGGGAUGAUGUCUCUGUAGAAAACAAUGUGGAAAACCUGGAUCCCCAAGGCCUGCAAAUUGCAGAAAUAUUAUCUCUUGAUAAACUGGGUCGGAGAUCUGUUGGAAAUGAAAAAGAAAAUCAGAGACCUCUUGAUGAACUCGAAGAAGUUCCCAAAUUCUUUUUUGAUGAUGAGGGUACUGUAGGUACGCGGGAGGUAUCUGUUGAUACGGUUAUAUUGAUAAACUCUUCUUUGUGUACCAUGCAAAGGGUUGCUGUAAUGGAAGAUGAAGAAUUGGUUGAAAUAUUACUGGAACCUAUCAAAAAUAAUGUGCAAUGUGAUAGUGUAUAUAUAGGAGUAGUCACAAAACUGGUUCCUCACAUGAGUGGUGCAUUUGUAAACAUUGGGCACUCCAGGGCUUCUCUUGUGGAAAUAAGGCAUAAUGUAGAGCCAUUUAUAUUUCCUCCAUUUGGCCAUCACAAAGAGCACAGAUCUGUAGAUGGCUCUUUGCUUGUUGAGCUUCUAGAGAAUCCAAGGACUAAUGAGACCAAACACAAAUCAGAAGAAGUGGAAGUUAUUGAUAACAUAGAGGAUCAUGAUAUUAUCCAUGAUCCAGAUCAAAAUCAUCAUGAUGAUUUUGGAGAGCAGGACAUGGAUGAGGAAUUUGAUGUAACAGAAGACUUCCCAGGAAACGCCAACGGUGGUGUAGUGAGUUCUGUGUUAUACAUUAAUGGUGAGAGGAAUAUAUUUCAACCAAUUGGAAGUUCUCAUGAUUCACAGCGUCAAACCAUGACUGACAUUACUGUCAGCAUGAAAAGAUCUAACAAUGCUGACCAUCAACUUCAAGAAAUGGAAAGUAACAAGGGUUCAUGCGCAAGUGGAAGUAAAUGGGCCCAAGUUCAGAAAGGCACUAAAAUAAUUGUACAGGUCGUCAAAGAGGGAUUGGGUAGCAAAGGCCCAACAUUGACUGCUUAUCCAAAGUUAAGGAGCCGAUUCUGGAUUCUGUUGACUCGUUGCAAUAGAAUUGGAAUUUCCAAGAAAAUUUCUGGUGUGGAGAGGACUCGCUUACGAGUCAUAGCAAAGACUUUGCAGCCUCCUGGCUUUGGUCUUACCGUAAGGACUGUUGCUGCUGGUCAUACCUUGGACGAACUGCAGAAGGACCUGGAUGGCUUGCUUUCAAUGUGGAAAGGUAUUACUGAACAAGCAACAUCCGCAGCCCUUGCAGCAGAUGAAGGUGUGGAAGGUGCAAUUCCUGUUAUGUUACAUAGAGCAAUGGGGCAAACACUAUCUGUUGUCCAGGACUAUUUUAAUGACAAGGUGAAGAAGAUGGUAGUUGAUUCUCCAAGAAUAUAUCAUGAGGUUACAAACUAUCUUCAGGAAAUAGCUCCUGAUCUCUGCGAUCGUGUUGAAUUAUACAACAAAAAGAAUCCAAUCUUUGAUGAGUACAACAUUGAGGAAGAAUUGAACAACAUGCUAAGUAAAAGGGUGCCACUCUCUAAUGGAGGUUAUUUAGUAAUUGAACAAACUGAGGCUUUGGUCUCUAUUGAUGUGAAUGGAGGGCAGUGUAUGCUUGGUCAUGGAACUUCACAGGACAAAGCCAUCCUAGAAGUCAAUCUUGUAGCUGCUAAACAAAUUGCUAGGGAAUUACGAUUGAGAGAUAUUGGUGGCAUUAUUGUGGUCGAUUUCAUUGAUAUGUCGGAUGAUUCAAAUAAGCGAUUGGUCUAUGAAGAAGUUAAAAAUGCAGUUGAGAGAGACCGCUCAUUGGUUAAAGUCUCUGAACUUUCUAGACAUGGGCUGAUGGAGAUCACCAGGAAAAGGGUACGACCUAGUGUGACAUUUAUGAUCAGUGAACCUUGUUCUUGUUGUCAUGCUACUGGGAGAGUUGAAGCUUUGGAAACCUCAUUUUCUAAAAUCGAGCGUGAGAUUUGUCGUUUGCUUGUACGAAUGGAGAGGCCAGAUCCUGGAAAGCCUGAAACUUGGCAAAAAUUCGUUCUGAUGGUUGAUCGGUACAUGGGUAGUUACCUGACCUCUGGAAAGAGGACAAGACUAGCGAACCUGAGUAGUUCUCUUAGAGUAUGGAUCUUGCUCAAGGUUGCAAGAGGUUUUAGUAGGGGUGCAUUUGAGCUGAAGCCACUAGCAGAUUUCAAGGAUCAUAAAGAUGAAGCUCAAAUUAGUAGGCCUGCUAGGCACCCAUUGAAGCCGCCGCACGCCACCGGAGCUAUGCCCAGAAGAAAAGUCACCAUCUUUCCCAUCAAGAAGUGGAAGACUGGUGGUAAGUGAACAGCCAUGCCAAUUUUCAGGUUUGUGCACAUAUUGGACGUCCAACAAACAUUGUUUUAUUUAUUAUCUGAAAUAUUAUUCGAUAGUAAAAAAAUAACAGAAUUAUAUAAAUGAUCAUCUGUCAUUGCAGUACAUGCUUUUUUGUUAUUUAAAAAUCUGAAGUAUUAUUCCUUGAUAUGAUGAUUUUUCACAAUUUUGUAAAUGAUCCAUCUUUACUAA